GGCAGCUCGGGGUCGGGCGGCGCCUGGAGCUUCCCGCCCGUCGCUGGCGCUAGGCCCCUCUGCUCUCCUCCGCCCGCUCCUCCUCACAGCCCUGGCUGGGUCCCGGCAGCGCGCCCCCGCGGAGGGCGGAGGCGUAGGUGGAGGAGUUACUGAUGGCCAUGGAGAAGGUAAAACAGGAGCUGGAGUCCAUGAAGGCGACGCUGUCCUGCACUCAGCAGUCACUGGCAGAGAAGGAAACUCAUGUGACCAACCUUCGGGCCGAGAGAAGAAAACACUUAGAGGAAGUUCUGGAGAUGAACACAUGCAAAUGACAGUCCAGGCUCUCCAGGAUGAAUUGCGGAUCCAGAGGGACCUGAACCAGCUGUUUCAACAGGAUAGUAACAGUAGGACUGGUGAGCCUUGCGUGGCAGAGCUGACGGAGGAGAACUUUCAGAGGCUGCACACUGAGCAUGAGCGGCAGGCCAAGGAGCUGUUCCUCCUUCGAAAGACUCUGGAGGAGAUGGAGCUGCGGAUUGAGACUCAGAAGCAAACCCUGAACGCUCGGGACAAAUACAAGAAGCUUCUGGAGAUGUUGCAGAGCAAGGGGCUUUCUGCUAAGGCUACUGAGGAGGACCAUGAGAGAACAAGGAGACUGGCAGGAGAGAUGCAUGUCCACCACCUCAAAAGCCUUUUGGAGCAGAAGGAAAAAGAGAACACUCUGUUGAGAGAGAGGUGCAGUUAUGGUCCCUUUUUAGGUGCAGAUUUUAUGGUGCAUGAUUUGAUAGAUUCAAAAAUUUCCUCUAUGGAGCGUGGGCUCCGAGACUUGGAAGAGGAGAUUCAGAUGCUGAAAUCGAACGGGGCUUUGAGUACUGAAGAACGAGAGGAAGAAAUGAGGCAAAUGGAGGUCUAUCGGAGCCAUUCUAAAUUUAUGAAAAACAAGUUCAUGAUUGGUCAGGUGAAGCAGGAGCUGUCCAGAAAGGACACAGAACUACUUGCCCUACAGACAAAGCUAGAAACACUCACCAACCAGUUCUCAGACAGCAAGCAGCACAUUGAAGUGCUGAAGGAGUCCUUGACUGCUAAGGAGUCGAGGGCUGCCAUCCUGCAGAACGAGGUGGAUGCUCUGCGGUUGCGUUUGGAAGAGAAGGAAACCAUGCUGAAUAAGAAGACAAAACAAAUCCAAGACAUGGCUGAGGAGAAGGGGACACAAGCUGGGGAGAUCCAUGACCUCAAGGACAUGCUGGAUGUGAAGGAGCGGAAAGUUAAUGUCCUUCAGAAGAAGAAUGAAAAGCUCGAAGAGCAACUUAGAGAUAAGGAAAAGCAGAUGAGCAGCUUGAAGGAGCGAGUCAAAUCCUUGCAGGCUGACACCACCAACACUGACACCGCCUUGACUACUUUGGUGGAGGCCCUUGCCGAGAAGGAGCGGACAAUCGAACACUUAAAGGACCAGCGGGACCGAGAUGAGCAAGAAAAGCAGGAGGAAAUUGAUAACUACAAAAAAGAUCUUAAAGACCUGAAAGAAAAAGUCAGCCUGUUGCAAGGCGACCUCUCAGAGAAAGAGGCUUCACUCUUGGAUCUGAAAGAGCAUGCUUCUUCCCUGGCUUCCGCAGGACUGAAAAAGGACUCACGGCUUAAGACACUAGAAAUUGCUUUGGAGCAGAAGAAGGAAGAGUGUCUGAAGAUGGACUCGCAGUUGAAAAAGGCACACGAGGCAGCAUCGGAAGCCAGAGCCAGUCCAGAGAUGAGUGAUCGAAUACAGCAGUUGGGGAGAGAGAUUGCCAGGUACAAAGAUGACUCUAGCAAGGCCCAGGCAGAAGUUGACCGCCUCUUGGAAAUCUUGAAGGAGGUGGAAAAUGAGAAGAAUGACAAAGAUAAGAAGAUUGCUGAGUUGGAAAGAGACAUUCUGGCUGUUAUAGGGAAGAUUAACCAAGAUGGCGGAGUAGAAGGACGUGCUCUCUCACUCCCUCUUCGAGAGCACCAGAAUCACAACUGGCUGCUGGACAAUCAUCGACAGGAAGACACUGAAACUCACCAAAAAAGAUACCCCACAUCCAAAGACAAAGGAGAAGCCACAAUGAGACGGUAGGAGGGGGCGCAAUCACAAUAAAAUCAAAUCCCAUAACUGCUGGGUGGGUGACUCACAGACUGGCGAACACUUAUACCACAGAAGUCCACCCACUGGAGUGGAGGUUCUGAGCCCCACGUCAGGCUUCCCAACCUGGGGGUCCGGCAACGGGAGGAGGAAUUCCUAGAGAAUCAGACUUUGAAGCCUAGUGGGAAUUGAUUGCAGGACUUCGACAGGACUGGGGGAAACAGAGACCCCACUCUUGGAGGGCGCACACGGAAUAGUGUGCACAUCGGGUCCCGGGGGAAGGAGCGGUGACCCUGGGGGAGGCUGAACCAGACCUACCUGCUAGUGUUGGAGGGUCUCCUGCAGAGGCGGGGGCUGGCUCUGUUUCACCGUGGGGACAAGGACACUGGCAGCGGAGGUUCUGGGAAGUACUCCUUGGCAUGAGCCCUCCCAGAGUCUGCCAUUAGCCCCACCAAAGAGCCCAGGUAGGCUCCAGUGUUGGUUUGCCUCAGGCAAAACAACCAACAGGGAGGGAACCCAGCCCCACCCAUCAGCAGUCAAGUGGAUUAAAGUUUUACUGAGCUCUGACCACCACAGCAACAGUCAGCUGUACCCACCAUCAGAGCCUCCCAUCAAGCCUCUUAGAUAGCCUCAACCACCAGAGGGCAGACAGCAGAAGCAAGGAAAACUACAAUCCUGCAGCCUGUGGAACAAAAACCACAUUUACAGAAAGACAGACAAGAUGAAAAGGCAGACGGCUACAUACCAGAUGAAGGAACAAGAUAAAACCCCAGAAAACAACUCAAUGAAGUGGAGAUAGGCAACCUUCCAGAAAAAGAAUUCAGAAUAAUGAUAGUGAGGAUGAUCCAGGAUCUCAGAAUAAGAAUGGAGGCAAAGAUUGAGAAGAUGCAAGAAAUGAUUAACAAAGACCUAGAAGAAUUAAAGAACAAACAAACAGAGAUGACCAAUACAAUAACUGAAAUGAAAACUACACUAGAAGGAAUCAAUAGCAGAAUAACGGAGGCAGAAGAACAGAUAAGUGACCUGGAAGACAGAACGGUGGAAUUCACUGCUGCGGAACAGACUAAAGAAAAAAGAAUGAAAAGAAAUGAAGACAGCCUAAGAGACCUCUGGGACAACAU